UCGAAUGAAGUGCUAUUUGAAAUAAAAAUGAUUUGAUUUCUGAAUUCUACCACGAUGCUUGCCAAUCUAGCAGCUGCGAAUGCGCAGCAGACGAAUAGUAUCCCAUCUAACUCAGGUGGAGUUGGACUGCUUGUGAAUCAGAAUCAAACCAACAACCAGCAAGUGGGUGGCAAUAAUGAUGUGGCGAUCCACUCGUUGAUUGAAGAGCUGCUGGUGUCUGUUUCUGAAAUCAAAGUGGGAUUAGAACAGCUGUUGCUUAAGGUUGAUUCUGGGGUUCACACCAACUCUCUACUGGACAGCCUCUCAGUCACCUCUGGGCAGAUGCACAUGUUAUGUCGCAAACUCAGCCUCAAUACACUCGUCCCUAUCGCCUCCUCUCCAGCAGGACAACAAAACCAACAGCAGUCAAAGUAUUCUCUCCUCAGUAGUGUAGUGUUCACCCCUCAAAAUCUCUCAAUGGCACAGGACGACCAUUUGGCACAAUUGACCGAAGGAAGAGCUAGAUGUUUCGACCACCAGUUGGUUCCUCUCUACCUGCGCACGAAAUUGAUUCCCACACUGGAAAACAAACUACAGAUCCUGGCAGAGGAGGCAUCCAGCAAGGACUCUGAGCUACAGGCAUCGGUCGGAAGCAACCGGGAGCUAUUGCGCAAGAUUGUGGACGAAGUGGCUUCAUUAAUGGCAUCAGUAGAGGGUGACUUGAACAGGAGUGCCUCUGAAAAUGCCAUACAGAGUUGCACAGUCAACGACACCGCAGCUCUCCUUGCUGCCGUGACUGAAGGACGUGGUAUCAAAAAUCAAGUUGCAGCUGUUCACUCAAACACCAUGAAACAAUUCCCGAAUGUUUCAUUAACGCAUCUGCAACAGCAACCUAAUAUGAAUAUGAUGUCGCAGCAUAACCCUCAAAUGAACACGGGUGGGGCUCAAAUGGCGAGUGGGAUGGGCAACAGAGGGAACAUGUCCCAGGGGCAGACGCAACCGACGCCCACAAUUGUGAAACCUAUCAUCAGAUCUUGAUCUUAACUAAUAUGUUGGUUGCUGUAAAUUAUGUUGGCUCUGUAGCUCUUGCGUUCGAAAAAAUUGUGUUAUGUAUAUCAUUGUUGAUUGUUCCCAAGUGUUAGAUGUUUCGAAGUGACUGUACCUAUCGUUGGUCAAAGAUUUUUUGAUAUUAAACUAGAAAUGAAAUGAUUGAAAAAUAUUAUUCUAAUGCUUCUG